UGCAAAUAUUAGUAUUUUCAGCGAGACAAAGAUUGUUGGUUGAUUUUGGUUAUUUAUUCACAUGAGUUUUGAUUGUGCACGAGUACCAAAGCAAUGCAUUGACCAAUCCAUGGACUAUGGUGAUCGAAUUUCUCAACACAGUUGUUGCAGAUAGCACAGUGACAGCUUCUUGGCGGCCUAAAAAUCUUACAAAUCCGGCAGUAUUUUAGCCUCAACUCGACACCAUUUACACGUGAAGAUUGGAGACAACGUCCCUUGCCAACAGAUAUGGUGCAAUAUGCUAGAACUGAUGCGCACUAUCUACUGUACAUCGCGCACAGUUUAAUUUUUGAACUCAAAAAGAGGGGCAAUGAAAAUUCAUCUUGCUCCGAUGACAAAUUCCAUUUUCUUCUCGAGGCUAGUCAGCGGUCAAACAUGAUAUGUUUGCAACUUUAUACUAAAGAAGUAGAAGCUUUUCCUGGGGAUGCAGCUGCAUCAUCAAUAUUAUCUCGGCAGAUAAAUGGUCCGGGAGGUGUUUCAUCAGUUUCUUGUGAAACCCAGUUUCAGGAUGCUGUAAGAAGACUAUGUGCAUGGAGAGAUUUAAUGGCCCGUGUUCAUGAUGAAAGCUUGAGAUAUGUAUUAUCAGAUCAGGCAAUCAUUGCUCUUGCGAAUAGAGAUCCAGCAACUCCAACAGAUAUUUACAGCACCAUAGCUCAAGCUGACUUGAUUGCUGAUUCUUUAAAUUCCAGUUCGUUGCUUUCUUCUCCAUCUGCUGUUGUUUGUAGUCAUUUGGACGAUGUCUGUCAACUAAUCCAGGACAAGUCUGGCAAACUCGAUGAUAUUCUUCCGAAGAUUCUUCAACGAUGCCUGGGUCCAAAUGGGACUUGUCCAUUGUCUGUGUUCAAUUAUGCUUUGCUGAUUAAUUGCAACCUGAAGCUAACCAAUAGUCUAAUUUCCAAGCAAAAUGGGGUUAAAAAUCCAAAGCAUGUUUCUCGGAAAGCCUCAAGAGAGCUAUUCGUUAAAAGAUUUUCCUGCAAAUCUCCAGUUUAUCAUAAUUGUCGGAUUUAUGCAAAUGAUGGGCGGUUGCUUUGUUACUGUGACCGAAGAAAGCUUGAAUGGUAUCUUCAUCGAGAUCUAGCAAAGCUUGUUGAAGAGGAUCCACCUGCAAUAAUGCUUCUAUUUGAGCCUAAAGGCCGUCCAGAAGAUGAGGGUAAUGAUUUUUACAUCCAAAGUAAGAAAAAUAUAUGUGUUGGUUGUGGUGAAGGAAAUCACUACAUUCGUUAUCGUAUAAUCCCUUCAUGCUACAGAGUUCACUUCCCUGAGCACCUGAAAAGCCACAGAUCUCAUGAUAUUGUCUUACUAUGUGUCGAUUGUCAUGAAAUUGCUCAUUCUGCUGCUGAGAAGUACAAAAGACAAAUUUCUGCAGAGUUUGGAAUUCCGCUCUUUGUUCAGAAAGUGGUAGAUUCAAAACAGGCCCCAAUUAUAUCUCCUGAGUCAUCAGAAUCAGUGGCAAACAUUGAAGAGGCAGGUGUAUCUCCUUUACAGUUAAGAACAGCUGCUAUGGCUCUUUUGCGGCAUGGACCUAGAAUGCCAUCUUACCGUCGGGAAGAACUGACACAGACUGUUAUGAAGUAUUACGGGGGAAGACAGAUAUCUGAGGAAGAUUUAGAGAGAGCUUUGCUUGUUGGCAUGAGUCCUCAUGAAAAAAGAAGACUUGAGAAGAAAAAAGGAUUGUCACUUAAACAUUCUGCCGGCACAUCAAAAGAUGAUUUUCUGGUCAGUAAACAUGCUGCUGAAGCAAAAACUCUUCCAAGAGAGGAAGAUCAAGAUCAAGAUAUUUUAGCGAGACCAGAUAAUGACAUAAGUGAUCCCUCCACGUGUUCGGAACAAGGGAACAAUGGAGUAGCCUACACUAAUACUAGCAACGAAAGGAACUCAAAUGGUCAUGAGGGUUUGAGUACAAAAGAUGCAGACGGUAACUGUGAGAACGGAAGUCUGCAAAAUGGAGAAACUGACUUUAUCAAUCAUCGAGUCAGUGAAAGUCCUCUGCCUAAACAUAAUUCCAAACUGUCAUUACUUGGACAUGGACCGCAUGGGAAGCAAGUUGUGGAUUAUUUAUUAAAGGAAUAUGGAGAGGAAGGUAUUCGUCAGUUCUGUCAAAAAUGGAGGCAAGUUUUUGUGGAAGCUAUUCAUCCUCGUUUUUUGCCCGCUGGCUGGGAUGUGAAGCACAGUGGGAAAAGAGAUUUUGGAGAAUUCAGUGUAUACAAUCCUGCAAAGAAAGUCUCUGUUGCUAAGAGCUAGUCAAUGGCAUUUGGAGAAGGCUAUGGAAGAUCCAGAUCGUUGCUUUGCUAAUGUCUUGCAUAGGAUUAGUUGUUUUUAUUAUUUUUCAGAUGUGAUGAACAUAGAAGGAGGGUAUGUAUUAAUGUCAAUCCAAACACCUCUUUUGGGACUUGAUAGAGAAAAAUGUUUUAAGGCAAUCCACCAAAGUCCUCUUCAAUUUUUUUGUUUUUACCUUUAUAAAUGUAACAGACAAGCGUUAAUUUACACU